UAUAGAAAACUCAGGCAUUUUUUAUUAUUACGAAUUAGGUAGCAAUCAACAGCAACGGUUCUUCUUGUUCUUGCGAGCCGUGGCUGUUGGCGACUAUCACCCAACGACUCCCUCUCUUGUGCCGCCAUGAAUGAACCUCCAUUGUAUCCGCCAAUUGAUCCAACGACCUUCGACCUUAUUGUCGUCGGAACCGGCCUACCAGAGUCCGUGAUCGCCGCCGCAGCCUCAGCUUCCGGAAAAUCCGUACUUCACAUCGACCAAAACAACUUCUAUGGAUCCCACUUCGCCUCUCUCACUAUCCCACAACUCACCUCUUUCCUCAAUGCCAAUUCUACUUCUCUACCGCCGCCGUCCUCCUCGAACACCGUAACCAGCAGCGACGAUUUCUCCGUCGAAAAUCUUACCACCCGGCCUCUCUAUUCAGACGUCGAGAUUUCCUCAUUUUCCAAUCAACUUUUGGAAGAAAACUCUAAUAAGUUCUAUCUCGAUUUAUCGGGACCUAGGGUUUUAUUUUGUGCGGAUAGGUCCAUCGAUUUUUUGAUAAAGUCUGGAGCAAGUCAGUACGUGGAAUUCAAGAGCAUAGAUGCGAGCUUCUUGGGCGAUGAGAAUGGGAAGCUGUGGAAUGUGCCGGAUUCUAGGGCUGCUAUAUUUAAAGACAAGAGCUUGAGCUUGAUGGAGAAGAAUCGGUUGAUGAGGUUCUUUAAGCUGGUGCAGGGACAAUUGGCUGCUUCUUCUGGCGGAGAUCGAGUAAAUGAGAAUAAAGAAGAAGAACAAGAAUCAGAGAGUCCGGGAAUUUCAGAGGAAGAUUUGGAGCGUCCAUUUGUUGAGUUCAUGACUAAAAUGAAGUUGCCUUCCAAGAUUAAAUCGAUUAUCCUGUAUGCUAUAGCCAUGGCAGAUUUUGACCAGGACAACAAAGAGGAAUGUAAAGAUCUACUCAAGACAAAAGAUGGAAUAGCCCGCUUGGCUCUUUAUCAAUCGUCAGUUGGCAGGUUGACAAAUGCACUUGGGGCUUUUAUAUAUCCUAUUUAUGGUCAAGGGGAAAUGCCACCAGCCUUUUGUCGUCGUGCUGCAGUCAAAGGCUGUGUUUAUGUUUUGCGAAUGCAAGUGAUUGCUUUGCUUAUGGACAAGAGUAGUGGCAUGUACAAAGGCAUAAGAUUGGCUUCUGGUCAGGACAUAUUUAGCCAGAAGCUAGUUCUGAAUCCAUCCUUAACAGUUCUAUCAGCCUCAUCUUCUCCAUUGGAUUCUUUCCAUGAACGUUUUCAUUUUCUAUGCUUGAGAGAUGUUAAACAGAAGGUGGCUAGGGGAAUAUGCAUUAUCAGAAGUUCAUUGAAGCCAGACGUAUCAAAUUUCCUGGUUGUAUAUCCACCUCGAUCAUUGUAUCCUGAGCAGAUUACAUCAAUUCGAGCUCUCCAGUUAGGUGGCAAUUUAGCUGUUUGUCCUCCAGGCAUGUUUGUGCUGUAUGUUUCAGCUUUGUGUGAUGAUGCCCAUGAGGGGAAGAAGUUAUUAAAUGCAGCCAUGAAUGCCCUUCUCACUUGUCCUGAUUCUGUAAAUCCCGAAAGUAUUUCUACAGAUCAAAUUGAGAAUUCAGGACCAAAAUCCACUUUACUUUGGAGAGCAUUGUAUAUUCAGGAGCUUACAAUGGGUCAUUUUGAUUCUAUCAGCUCCACUCCCAUGCCUAGUGGAAAUCUAGACCACAAUGAUAUCUUAGAUUCAGCUAUGAAGCUGUAUCAGAAGAUGUAUCCAAAUGAAGAGUUCUUCCCAGACACAACCUCGCCUGAGAAUUGUGAGCAAGAUGAUGAGCUCAGCUUGGAGACGUAGAGGUGGAAGUGUUUUUCUGGAACAUACACUUUACCUGUUGCCUGUAAUGUUAAAGAGUAUACAACCAUAAUGUCUACUAAUGCAACAAUGCUUUUACUUUAGUAGAUGCAUUUCCUGAAUAGGGUUAGGGUGAGAAACUUCAGAGGUUAUUUUAUUUGCUGGAUAGCACCGGCCAAGCUUCAGUUUUUGUUGUAAAGUAGAAAAGAGCUGAUAUGGAGCUUAUCGUGAUUGAACAUAACUUCGCAGAAGAGAACAUUAAUUCUUUAAUGUGAGGAUGUUGGAUGGGUUUGGACACUUGAA